AGAGCCAGAGCCGCUGGAACCAGAGUCCCGGCGCGCUGCUUUGGGACAGUCCGCCGUCCGAGCCGAAAGCACCCGCUGCCCGACACAGUCCAGGAGAAAGGCUAGUGAGGCCGGAGACCGGGCCACGGAUUCUACUUCAGUUCUGGAGCUGCCAGGUUGUCUCCGCUGGCCCUGCCGCCCUAAUAGCACCUAGCCGGACUUGCUCCUCACGUCCUGGUUGCGCUAUGGAUCCUUCGGAGAAGAAGAUAUCGGUGUGGAUCUGCCAGGAGGAGAAGCUGGUGUCCGGUCUUUCCCGCCGCACCACCUGCUCGGACGUGGUGCGGGUGCUUUUGGAGGACGGCUGCCGGCGGCGCUGCAGGCAGCGGCGGGGCCAGCGACGGGGGUUGACGGAGGACCCUUCGGGCCAGUUGGGGCUGCCUGAACCCCCGGACGAAAACGACGAGGACGAUGACGACGCGAUGCCCCAGGGCAUGCUAUGUGGACCCCCGCAGUGCUAUUGCAUCGUGGAGAAGUGGCGCGGCUUUGAGCGCAUCCUGCCCAACAAGACGCGGAUCUUGCGCCUCUGGACUGCUUGGGGCGACGAGCAGGAGAAUGUACGCUUCGUGCUGGUGCGCAGCGAGGCGUCGUUGCCUAACGCCGGCCCGCGAAGCGCCGAGGCGCGGGUAGUGCUCAGCCGAGAACGCCCCUGCUUGGCCCGGGGAGCCCCAGCGCGGCCCAGCCUAGCCUUGACCCAGGAGAAGCAGCGGCGGGUGGUACGCAAGGCCUUCCGCAAGCUGGCCAAGCUCAACCGGAGGCGCCAGCAGCAGCCGUCGUCGCCUUGUUCGUCCACGUCGUCGUCCACCGCCUCGUCCUGCUCGUCGUCUCCUCGGACCCACGAGAGCGCGUCUGUAGAGCGCAUGGAGACGCUGGUGCAUCUGGUGCUGUCGCAGGAUCACACGAUCCGCCAGCAGGUGCAGCGGCUCCGGGAGCUGGACCGCGAGAUAGACCGCUACGAGGCCAAGGUGCACCUAGACCGCAUGCGAAGGCAUGGAGUCAACUACGUGCAGGAUACCUAUCUAGUGGGGGCCGACCUUGACCUCGACCGGCCAACUCCUGAAAAGGAACCGGAGGAUGCGACGCUGGAGGAGAAGACAGAGGCGGCGGCACCCCUGGACGGCGAGGCGCAAGCGGCAGCGUUGGAGGAGCUGGCCCGGCGCUGUGACGACCUGGUGCGGCUGCAGGAGGAGCGCGCCCAGCAGGAGGAGUUGCUGGAGCGCCUGUCCGCCGAGAUCCAGGAGGAACUGAACCAGCGCUGGAUGCAGAGGCGCAAUGAGGAGCUGGCGGCUCGAGAGGAGUCACCGGAGCCCGAUGGCGGGCUGGAUGGCGAGCUGCUGCUAGAGCAGGAGCGGGUCAGGACGCAGCUCAGCACCAGCCUUUACAUCGGGCUGAGGCUCAGCACGGACCUAGAGGCCGUCAAGGCGGACUUGGAUUACAGCCAACAGCAGAGGGACAUUAAGGAGCGCGAGCUUCAAGGCCUUCUCCAGAGUUUGCGUACUUUUGAGCAGACGGUGGUGCGUGAUGGGACUCUGGGUUCAGGUGAACCCUCACGCGAACCUCAGCCUCAGACGUGUGCAGAAAUGUGGGUAGACCAGGCUCGCGGACUGGCUAAGAGUUGCCCCGGCAACGAUGAGGACUCAGAUACUGGGCUGAGCUCCAUGCACAGCCAAGACUCAGACUCGGUACCCCCUGUGUGUGAAUCCCUUGUGUAGAAGUUGUAGGGAGCUAGCUUAGACGCUUGCAGCAUGCACUUGCUUGGCCUGCUCAGGGACAUGAAGUGAGGCCAUGGGGGUGAGCUCAGAGUUCCCAUGGGUGGGUCUGGAGAGUGAGUGUGAAGGGGGGGGGGGGUCCUGGACAGGGAAGCCCUAAACUUCCUAAGCUUUAGAGGGAAGAGGAGUCAGGAGGUGAGAAUCCCUCCCUGUUUUUAAAAAAAGCAUUAGGUAAGUGACGAGGUCCAAGCCCAUUUUCAAAACAAGAGAAAAGAAAAACAUUAUGGGACAUUUUUACCACUCCUGUGUAUGGGAAGGACCGAUGACAGCUAGAACUGUGGUCUGUGUCAUAAAGUGCUGCUAAAAGAAAACACUUGGAUGGAAAGGAAAUUCCUUGAAUGUUAAUUGUGACUGGAAACGUGUUCAAACUAGCCAAAGAGGACGCACUAGUGUGUUGGUCUCUGCCUUGCUUAACAUCUUGAUAAAACCAUAGGCAUCAAAAUCCUCGCUGUUUACAUUUCUUCAGGUUUGGGAAUUACCCGUGUGCCAAAUCCUUUGCCUUUUAUUUCUGUCAAAGGCCAAACUGCACUGCGAUCUGAGGCUGUGCUUCUCUCUACUAAAUACGAUGUGUUCAAGGCUCCCCACCUUCACCCCAAACAUAGCACUUUGCGUUAUAACAUCCUGGCAUACAUAAUCCAGGUAAAAGUGUAGUCUGGCUUUUUGGGGUGUUGCUGCAAAGGCAGGUGUGUGCUGCUCAUCGCUUCAAUUACAGUUUAAAAAGGGAAGCUGCGGAACUUGCCUCGGCCCCCUUUGCUGUUUUCAAAGAACAUUCUGGUGUCAGCUACAACUUGGAAGCAAGAAUCUUGGCACAGUGUUUAGCUGUUAAAUACAGCUCCAUUAUUAAAACCAACUAUGAUCUUCACGAAUUUUACCCAGACCUGAGUCCAACUUUAGUAGCUUGGGUUGGAGAUAAGGUUCUGGUUCAAGUAAACUGAAAGUGUUCAAGUGCAAACAGCAGGGUUUACUAGCAAGGCCCCAAAGAGGAAAAAAAAUGAAGCAAUCUGAUAGGCCACCAGGGGUAAACAAAUAGAUUGACCAUAGCAGGGAGCCGUGGGGAAAGCACAUGAAACUGGGUUAAGCAUUUGAGUUGCUCCUGCCUGGCCACAUCCCUCUGCGUGUGGCAGGGGAGAUAGAAGGGUAGCAUUGUCUCCUCUAGCUGGUGACAGUGUGGGGGGCCACUCAGUGUAAUUGUUCCAGAUACUUCAGUUUAAACUUAUCAGUUGUAGUUAGCUAUUGGGCCAGUGGAAGGAACCUGCUAGUCUAUUUCCCUGUGGAGCCCUGUACUUUCUGAGGAAUGUGGAUCUAAUCUGUCCAGAGGAAGUAUUAACAAUGGUGUGUGUGUGUGUGUGUGUGUGUGUGUGUGUGUGUUGCCAGUGAGGUACAGAAGGCUGGUAUCAACUAAACUAGUUGAGUGGCUGGCUGUCAUUCCCACAAUGACAUGAAAGAUAAGUUCAGCGGCUUGGGAUUUGUAACUAUUUCUUCCCUUUUGAGAUCACCUGUCUGAGGGUCCCCAACAGGAGCACGACCUCCCGAACUCCUCAAUUCGCUAUUGGAAUGUCCCCUUUUCACAGACUGUCCCCACACUGAUGCCACUGUGGAAUUAUAACACACGGGACCAUUCUCGGAUGUUCAAGUAAAAAGACACUUUUCUUAAUUGAUACUUUUUGAAAGACUUUACUUGGUGUAGUUACAUUGUUGUUGCUUAGCUUCAUCCAGGGCAGAGAACAUCCACACACUUGGUCCGGUUCAAAAGAGGAAGGGACGAAAAGAAACUCCACCAGAAGAAACUCCUGGUCCCCAGACAAUCAUUUGAUUCUGUAACACAGAGCUUAACGACAGCCUUCCUUUUUGAGGCAGAGGUAAAAUCCUCAUUAGAGUGUGACAAAUGCCACCUGUCUGAAUGGUUUAUGCUGGCAAUGGGCUGACCUGGUGGUUUUUAAAAUUAUCAUGCUUUUUUCUCUUGCCCCUGGGGUUGUAGGGGAGGUGGUUCCUGGCCGUUUAUUAACUCAGGAGGAACAUUGAAGUUGGCAGAGUGCGACUGCCUGGCAGAAAGGACCUGUUUUCCUUUUGACUAUUAUUAUUUUAAACUUUGAUGGGUAGCUGAUGUCAGCAGAUAUGCCUGAAAGCUGCAAAGCAAACACACCACAUCACAGGAGGAGGGCCUGCAGGGGUUUGGAGAACAUUCCCUGUCUAACACAUGAUGCUGCUGCCCUGCUUAAAACUCUUCAGACAGCUGGGGGGCUUUGCUUAUGACUAAGGAUAGUCUAGUCUUCUCCUUUUUCCUUUUGUUCCAAUCAAUUCUAUUCCUGUGAGAUAUUCUCUGUGUGAGUAGGAGAAAGGAGAAUUGGGGGGGAGGGGGAGGCAGUAGUUCCUUUUGUGAAAAGUUCUUGUCACAACCUUAUGUGUAGGCUUGAAGUUUCACUGAUGAAUGAGUGUGCUCCAUUUUCCUGCGUAUGCAUAGUUCCCGUGACACUAGAGGUGAGUCAACAUUGAGACAUCAUCCCUGUGAGAGGGGCUCCUGCUCUCUAAUGGUUUCCAGGCCUUAUGGUAAUCCAGCACCCUUGCGAAGAGAAUGUCAUAAGCUCCUUCCCAGCCAGCCCCAUUUUUCUUCUGGACGAUCCACUGUGUGGAUCCUAUGGACCCUAUGGGGUCCUCUGCAUCCCAUCCAGAAUGCUCUCCCAAACCCAGCAUCCCAUGUAGCCUUACUGUGCUCUUACUUCCUUCUAUAAAGUAUGGUCAUUAGGUCCACGAGAUGAGGGCUUAGUGGGUAAAAGGUCCUGACACCAAGCCUGACAAGAGUUUGAUUCUCAGGUCACAUGUGGUGGAAGGAGAGAACCGACUCCUGCAAAUUGUCCCCUGACCUUCUCAGAGGUGCCUGGUCUUGCACCUGCGACCACACACAAGUACACAAUGUACAUUCACGUGAGUGGGCACAUGUAUAUCCACUCAUGCAUGCGCACGCGCACACACACACACAGACACACACAAAUGCUUUUUUAAAAGAAUGGUUAUUAUUUUUAUUAAUAGUUUCUUCCCUAGAAAAAGCUGCAGAGCACGGUCUUGAUGAAGAACUUGGAAACAACCUAAAUUUUGGAAAGAAAGGCUUUUGCCACACGAAGCCUGUCACUGCUAAAAUUUGCCAAAGUUCCCGUCAGUACAUUUUGUGCACUUUGAAGUUUUCCUAGUUUGCUCUAUUGUUGCAAGAUAAUUUUGAAAUAUUGCUGUGUGCAUUGGCCCCAUACCGUGAGCAACCACGCUUGAGCUUCAUGGUUUCUGUGACAGCGCUUGCCAUUAACCCAUGUUCUAACUACUGUAAAAUAACUCUGUGCCAAGCUCCUUUAUGAAGGCAUCUGCUUUGGAGACUCCCUCCUGCUCCCCCUCAAGAGAUCCCUGGGAGGAGAAUUCUUACCUUAAGGAGCAGACACAUUUAUAAGCUUCGUGUAUAUUUGUCACGCUGCGUUUCAAACAAUUUAUUCUAAUUAAAGUAAGCUAUGCAUAAAGGUACUUUA